UAUUUUCGACGUGUCGACAUUACCGUAAACGAUCAGCGACUGUCGCACUGACUGAUCGCACGCUUUCUGUACAAGGUUAAAUCAAACGUCGCUGUACAAAAGCAAACUUAAGACAUUCGGCCAAGGUCCCCAAAGGGAGACCCAAACAUGGAGGCGCGUAGGAGAGCAUCUUGGAGAUAAGAGCGAUGGACUCCAUCAAAGCUGUUUUGGUGACUGGGGGCUCAGGAUUCAUUGGCUCCCACCUUGUCUGUUCCCUGCUUAAGAGGCAUCCAGAAUGGAACAUUUAUAACUUGGAUAACUUAGAUUACUGCUGCAGUCCAAGGAGUCUGGAGAGCAUUGAAAACAAAGCAAACUACACGUUUAUCAAGGGCGAUAUAUGUAACACGCAGCUGGUGAGCAACAUCUUCGACACACAAAAUGUCGACGUCAUCUUUCACUUGGCCGCCAAAACUCACGUCGUUGUGUCGUCGCGGUUCCCCUCAGAUUCAUCCUUCCGAAGCCCGUCCGCCUUCCAGCACGUGAACAUCGACGGAACCCGAGUUUUGCUGGCCGCUGCCAGUCAGACCCGCCACCGGCCUCGGCGCUUCAUCCACGUCAGCACCGAUGAAGUGUACGGAUCUAGUCUCGAUGAGGUGUUUGAUGAGAACAGUCCCAUGAGGCCUUCCAACCCGUAUUCCGUCUCAAAAGCAGCUGCAGAGGACUUGGUCAGGUCAUACUGGCAAAAGUAUAAGCUUCCUGUUAUCAUCACCAGGAGCAACAACAUCUAUGGUCCGCAGCAAUACAUGGAUAAGGUCAUCCCCAAGUUUCUCACCCUCUUGCAAAUGAACAAGAAGUGUACUAUUCAGGGAACCCUCCCCAAAUCCCGCCAUUUCCUGUUCAUCGAUGAUGCAAUCAACGCCCUUCUGCUGAUUCUGGAGAAAGGGAUUGUGGGAGAAGUGUACAACAUUGGGGCAAACUGCGAGAUAGGCAUUGUGCCAUUGGCCAGGGAACUCGUAAAGAUGGUUCAGAAGGUGCCAGAUGCUGAGCUGAACGAUUGGCUUGAGUUUGUGCCGGAUAGGCCGAAGGUUGACAUCCGCUACCCCAUCAAAAGUGAGAAGCUGCAGCAGUUGGGUUGGAAGGCCGAGGUCUCCUGGCCUGAAGGCAUCGAACGGACCGGUACAACAGGCGCACGCAGACUGGCCAAACACACAGCAUCACAGCUAACAUUUCAUGUCCUGUGUGUGUUUUCAGUUAGAUGGUACCAGGACCACCCAGACUUUUGGUCAGACACACCAGAGGGCCCAAGGGCGAUUCCAUGCAUGUCGGAAAAUACUAACGAGUAGGCGACACGACUUUGACCACCAGUUCAAUUUUCUGUACUGCACAUCAUUGUCGGACCAAAGCACUGUGACAUAAACGUGAACGCAUUUCAUCUCCGG